AUGGGGAAUGGAAAUGAAAAUAACACAAACUCAUCUAACCCAUCAACAAGAUUAUCUCAAGUAGCGUCUCACCUAUCGCCAACCCCAGCAAAAAAACGCAAAAGCCCUCGCAAUAAAAAGGAUGAACCACCAGCAGAUUACUCAGACAUACUGAGCCAACUCAAAACCCUCAGAAAAAAAGCUAGUACGCCGGACAUCAACAACAAAGGCUACAUCCGCCAAAAACAAGCCGGAAAGCUCUGGGUCCGAGAACGCGUCUAUUCCCUCCUCGACGCCGGAAGUUUUCAGGAAAUAGGCUCCGUAUCAGGGACCGUGACAUGGAAACAGCUUUCGCCAAAAAAGGAAGAGCCGAUGGAUUUCGUGCCAAGUAACAAUGUUCAAGGCUUCGGCAAGCUCAAUGGACGGAAAAUUGUGUUUACCGCGGAUGACUUCUCGAUUCGCGCUGGUCAUGCGGAUGGAGCGUUGAUGGAGAAGACGAUUUACUUGGAGAAACUCGCUGUGUCGCUGAGAUUGCCAAUUGUGAAAUUAGUAGAUGGCUCGUCGGGCGGUGGGAGUGUUACGACUAUCAAAACACAUAGAUUUUCGUAUAUCCCGCCUAUGCCAUCAUUUAAACACGUAGUCGAGCAGCUUAACCUCGGAAUACCAAAUCUCGGCGCCGUGUUGGGUCCAGCUAUAGGCCUCGGAGCAGCUCGAGUGGUGAGCUGUCAUUUCUCGGUCAUGGCUGCGGAUGUUGGCUCGUUGUUUAAUGCUGGACCGAAAGUUGUAGCGGGAGCUACGUUUGAGGAGGGCUUGAGUCUGGCUGAUUUGGGGGGGCCGGGGAUACAUUGCACUAAUGGGACGAUUGAUAAUUUGGCGGAGGAUGAGAUGGGGUGUUUUGAGCAGAUUAGAACGGUUUUGUCGUUUCUUCCUAAUUCGGGGAGUUCGUUGCCGCCGGUGGUGAAGUGUGAGGAUCCAGCUGAUCGGUUGUGUGAGGAGUUAAGGACGAUUAUACCGAGACGGAAGGCGAGGAUGUAUGAUCCAAGGAGGAUCAUAAGGUCAGUUGUUGAUUUGGAGAGUUGGUUCGAGAUUGGUGCUCUAUGGGGAACUUCUGCCAUUGUUGGCCUGGCUAGACUUGAUGGGCGACCGGUGGGGAUCAUAUCCUUGAACUGCGAAGUUAACGCCGGCGCUCUUGAUGCUGCUGGCAGCCAGAAGAUCACUCGUCAUUUAAAAUUCUGCGACAUUUUCAACAUACCUAUCCUCCAAUUCGUUGACGUGCCGGGAUAUGCGAUAGGAACGACCGCAGAGAGAAGUGCGACCAUGAGACAUGGUAUAGCACUCGCAACAACCUAUUUCUCCACCACCACACCGGUGUUCAGCGUUGUAACAAGAAAGGUGUAUGGAGUAGCAGGAGGAAUCAUGCUUGAUUGCAGAGACCCUCGGAUGAGAAUUGCAUGGCCAAGUGGGGAAUGGGGAAGUCUCCCGCUGGAUGGAGGUAUUGAAGUUGGGCAUGCUGCAGAAUUAAAGGCUGCGGAAGCUGCUGGGAAGCGAGAGGAACGGUAUAAAGAGUUGGAAGAAGAAUAUACAAGACUAAUGAACCCUGUUCGUACUGCUAAUGCGUUUGGAGUCGAGGAGAUCGUGGAUCCUGCUCUCACACGACAAAUUGUCUGUGAAUGGUUGAAACAUGUAUAUGAAGAACUGCUUCCGAUCCGCUUGGUAGAGCGGGGUAUUGGGAAGAUAAACCCGAUUUUUUAUUGA